UCCUAAACCUGGCUCAAAACUACAAACUCAAACCUGAAAUCUUCCUAAGAACUACAGUUCCCUGUAGUCUCCUCUCCUAACUGCCAGUUCCUCCCUUCACAGUAGUUAUACUGAGUCAGAGACUGGUGGGUUUAUGAAACAGGUGCUUUAGUGUGGUGUGUGUGUGUGUGUGUGUGUGUGUGUGUGUGUGUGUGUGUGUUUAUGGUGUGUGUUCCUGCUCCCCUCCCUACACACACCUUAGCUCCACCUGCCUCAGCCUAGCGUCUGCCCUGUUGUUGCUCAGGGUCCGGUCUGUGUGUGAGAGUAGGCUGGCCUCUCUGCUCUCUGUACCCUGUUGUUGCUCAGGGUCCGGUCUGUGUGUGAGAGUAGGCUGGCCUCUCUGCUCUCUGUACCUGUCUCUCAGGGAGGCAUAGAUCUAGCAGGCACUCAGGAGCCAGGCUGUGGAACGGUGUGGAGGAAAGGAAAUAGGGUACCACAUCUGAUUGGAUGGUUUAGUCAGAAUGACAGCCGAAGAUCCCGCCUCCUCCUCUUCAGCCAUGAGUAAUAACCCCGCCAAUUCCGGUUCCAACCCCCCAGGCCCCUCCCAUCACUCCCCCCAUGGACCAAUCACAGUGCCCGAGGGUGUGGCCGGGGCCCCCAACGAGGCGGCCCUGGUGUCUCUGAUGGAGCGUACGGGGUACAGCAUGGUGCAGGAGAACGGCCAGAGGAAAUACGGCCCCCCGCCGGGCUGGGAUUCUGCCUCCCCGCCGCGGGGCUGUGAGAUCUUCGUGGGUAAAAUCCCCCGGGACGUCUAUGAGGACGAGCUGGUUCCGGUGUUCGAGUCAGUGGGUCAGAUCUACGAGAUGCGUCUGAUGAUGGACUUCGACGGGAAGAACCGCGGCUACGCCUUCGUCAUGUACACGCAGAAACACCAGGCCAAGCGCGCCGUGCGGGAGCUCAACAACUACGAGGUGCGCCCCGGCCGCCUCCUGGGGGUCUGUUGCUCUGUGGACAACUGUCGCCUCUUCAUCGGGGGCAUCCCCAAAACCAAGAAGCGAGAGGAGAUCCUGGAGGAGGUCUCCAAGGUGACGGAGGGCGUCCUAGACGUCAUAGUGUACGCCAGCGCAGCAGACAAGAUGAAGAACCGGGGCUUCGCCUUCGUGGAGUACGAGAGUCACCGCGCUGCGGCCAUGGCCCGCAGGAAGCUGAUGCCCGGCAGGAUCCAGCUGUGGGGGCACCAGAUCGCCGUGGACUGGGCGGAGCCAGAGAUAGACGUGGACGAGGACGUCAUGGAGACUGUGAAGAUUCUAUACGUCAGGAACCUGAUGAUGGAGACCAGCGAGGAGACACUACGACAGGUGUUUGGCCAGUGGAACCAGGGCUGCGUGGAACGUGUCAAGAAGAUCCGCGACUACGCCUUCGUCCACUUCUCAUCCCGUGACGAUGCGGUGGUUGCCAUGGACCACCUGAACGGGACGGAGGUGGAGGGGUCCUGCAUCGAGGUGACCCUGGCUAAGCCUGUUGACAAAGAGCAGUACACGCGCUACCAGAAGGCGUCUAAAGGGGGCGCUGCGGCAGCCGUGGCGGCUCCAGAACCAGCCCAGCAGAACUACGUGUACCAGUGCGACCCCUACACCCUCACCUACUAUGGGUACCCCUACAGCACGCUCAUCGGACCCAACAGGGACUACUUCAUCAAAGGAGGCCCAAUGAUACAGACCAAUGCAGGUGCUGUGCGAGGUCGUGGCCGUGCUGCGGCAGCUAGCCGUGCCCCUGGCCCCCGGGGGUCGUACCUGGGGGGUUACUCUGCUGGGCGGGGUAUCUACAGCCGGUACCAUGAAGGAAAGGCCAAGGGCCCCGACAACAAGGCCUACGAGCUGGUCCCUUCCAUGGAGCUGAAUGCCUCAGUCAACCCUCUGGGCAUCAAGCCUUGCACAAUGGGCCUGCAGGCUCUAUCAGGCCAGUACCCAGUGUUCUCCUCAGCCCAGGGAGCCAAGCUGAUGGAGGAAGGGAAGAUGCACCAUGCUGUGGAACACCUCAUGAACCCCUUGGCCCUGCAGCACGACCACACAGGCCAGAACGCACAGGCUGUUCUACCUGCUGUCUCCACACCGCCACCCUUCCAGGGUCGUCCCAUCACACCAGUGUACACCAUGACCCACAACAUGCAGCGUAUCCCCACGGCCAGCGGUCUGUACGGAGCAGGCUACAUGCCCAUCACAAACUACAACACUGCUGCCCUGGCAGCCCUGCAGAAGAACGCAGCCGUGGCGGCGGCGGCCGCAGCCUACGGAGGCUAUGCCUACACCAUGCCCCAGGCCUUCCCCGCCACCGCCUUCCAGGUGCCCAUCCACGACGUCUAUCAGACCUACUGACAACCAGAUGUCUGGUCCACAACGCCUGUUCAACCACCACUCAACGUUCAAACCACUUCUGCAUGGUGAUGUCAAGCAGAACUACAGACGAUCUGCAGAAGAGCCCCUCCCCAUUCAACUCAAUGUUUAAAAACGGCAACAUCUAUGCAACGUCCAUAAUGUCGGGGUAAACUAAUGGACCCCUACGCAAACUCUACUCAACGUCGGUUCAACAUAGCCCAACGUCUAGGCUACGUUAUGACGUGUGCCAAACCUUCAACGUUUAAACAACGUCUAUGCAAGACCUACUGGCUUCUUCCCCAGGUAUAUAUUGGUCCUAAUAAAUACUGGACCAGACUUUCCCAACAUACUCUAUAUCCCUUCAAAUUAACAUCUGGACCUGGAAGCCAAUUCCUCUGCUUUUUGUUCAUUCUUCCCCUCUAAUCAGGGACUGAUUUAGACCUGGGACACCAGUCAUUCUUCCCCACUAAUCAGGGACU